UUGGUUUUCGGUGGGGCAAAAUUUCAUGUGUCAUCAUUUUCAAAAUGUCUCGCUUGUGCAAAUGUGCCUUGUCUUUGGUAGUUUUGUUAUAUGUAAUAAUACAGGUAAAAUGUAACGCGAGGAAAUCGUAUACUGCCGCUGUAUAUGAGCAUGCGGUAUUCACGCUACCACUCGCUGAGAUCGAGAAUAAGACGGUAGCUCUCUCCGUUAUGAAACAGAAUCUUCAAGUUUAUGAAACAGCAACGGCAGAGGCAAAGAAAAAGGGUGCUGAAAUCAUAGUGUUCCCAGAGGAUGGGUUAUACGGCUUCGAAUUCACUCGUGAAGUAUUCCAUUACUUCACCGAGGACAUCCCCAACCCUGAGACCCAACCAGGGUGGAACCCUUGUAAAGACCAACAUCCCGGAGAUCCAACAAACACCCCAGUGCAAUACUGGCUCAGCUGUAUGGCACUGAACAAUAGUAUAUACCUUGUUGCCAAUGUCGGCGACGUGAAGUACUGUAACGUAAAGUCGGACAAAUUGUGCCCAGCUGACGGGCGCUAUCAAUACAACACCAACGUAGUCUACGACCCAGAAGGCAGAUUAGUCGCAAGAUAUCACAAGCAAAACUUGUUCAUGGGUGAAAAGCUAAAGUAUAACCAGCCUCAUCAAUGUGAGUACACCACGUUUACCACGCCCUUCGGGAAAUUCGGUACCUUCACCUGCUUCGAUGUCCUCUUCCGCGAGCCGCCGAUCUCCCUGGUAGAGAACUAUGGCGUGGAUAAUGUGGUUUUCCCUACUGCUUGGAUGGACGUUCUUCCAUUAUUUGCUUCUGUUGAAUUUCACCAGGCAUGGGCAAUGGGUAUGGGAGUGAACUUUCUCUCAGCCAACACUCACAGAGCCAGUCUUCGUAUGCAUGGGAGUGGGAUAUUCACUCCGCAGGGAGCUGUUGUCUAUACACAUGAUACAACCACCGAACAAGGAAGACUUUUGGUGGCCAAGGUGCCAAUACUGAAAAGAACGCCCAUAAAAAGUACAUACAGGCCAUAUAAAAACAUGCCGCUGCCAACUGAUCACGAGGCCCAAACUGCAAUCAAGUUUCAAGCUGAGGUCUUCUCGGACUUAUUUGAUUUUGUCACCCUGCCAAAGCCAAGCGGCAGUUUAACCAUUUGCCAGAAGGCCGUCUGCUGCCAAUUGAAUUACACUUUCGAAGAUUCGCACUCUGGCGGCCUGUAUGCUCUUGGCGCCUUUGACGGCCUGCACACCCGCGAAGGACAAUAUUACCUACAGAUAUGUACGCUACUGUCCUGUGCUAAUUCUUCCACCGAUUCCUGUGGCCAACCUACCAACAUUGCUAAAUCACGUUUUAAGAAUUUGUCACUAAGUGGCAUUUUCAACACAAAAUAUAUUUUCCCGGAAUUCUUGACAACAGAUGGAACAGGUCAUGACCUUGCCAAUGGACAGUGGCUUUAUGAUGAUGGCAUGAUUAAAGUCAACAAUACUACUGUAAAACCUCUUCUGUCCGCAACGCUCUUUGGGAGAUGGUAUCAAAGAGACAAUGACUUUUACCUUACUGGUGCCUCAGCAAGGAAAUCGCCAAUGGUGUUGGCUCUUAACCUUGUCUUAUAUAACGUGUUGUUUAACUUGCUUUACUGAACCCUAUUUUCGUUUUCUUGUCAGGAAUGAUGAGCACAUUAAACAAAUUUGUAAGUUAAAAUACUCGGUACUGUUUGUGUAAUUGCAAGAGAGCAAAAGUUUAGUAGUUUGGGUUUUGCCAUAUACUGGUAUCUUAUAAUAUUUUUAAAAUAUUCAACAUAUACUUUAGUAUAGAUGUAGAGCAGUGUAUGCAUCCAAUAUCACAUUUGCCACUCCAGACAUUUUACAAUGACUUUCGUGUGCUGUCUGUUUUAUAACUUAUAGUGCUGGCAAUCAUGACAGUAAUUAACAUGAUUUAGAAAAAUGUUUUUAUAAAAUCGGUUAUAAAUACGCCGAUCCGGAUAACUAAUACUCUUAUUAGAUUGAACACUCCUUGGUCGUGUUGGAGUAUACCCUAGGUCGUGUGAUAACUGAUAAUAAAGUAUCCAUAUGC